AAAUUCACCUAUGAUCUAUUGGCCAUCGGCGAGUUCAUCCUCACCGAGCCCAAUAUGCGUGUGCCCGAUAAGAUCUACUCGAUCAACGAGGGCUAUGCCAGCGACUGGGAGGCGGGAGUGUUCAACUAUGUGGCGGCCAAAAAGGAUCCGAGCCAGGGCAAACCCUACGGUGCUCCGUGCGUGGGCUCCAUGGUGGCCGAUGACCAUCGCACCAUCAAAUACGGCGGCAUCUUCAUCUACCCGGCCCCAAAUCCGCAGGCCGGCGGCUUGGCCAGCGACGGAAAGAUUAGCAUCCUAGACAUUGUCCCCAAGAAGAUAUACGAACGCAGCCCCAUCUUCCUCGGCUCCAAGGCGGACGUUGAGGAGGCGCUCAGCUACUUGAAGUGACUUUUAAUUUUGUAAUUUAUAAAUACACCCAAAACACGUUUGAUAUUCUUUACCUUAA